CGUCCCCACCCCCACGUCUCAACUUUAUAGCCGCCCCCUCCCCACCGCCGCGGCCGCCACGGACAGCAGCAACCGGUAGCAGGAGCGCAGCCAGCAAGCGCAGGCCCCAAGCCCUACUGCAACCGCCGACGCCACCGCGCCGAACGCCAUGGCCGACCCCGCGGAGCACCGUCCAGCGGAGGAGGAGGAGGAGGCCGCGGCGGCCGGCGAGGAUGAGGACACCGGCGCCCAGGUCGCCCCCAUCGUGAAGCUUGAGGAGGUCGCCGUUACCACCGGAGAGGAGGACGAGGACGUGCUCCUCGACAUGAAAGCGAAGCUAUACCGGUUCGAUAAGGAUGGGAACCAGUGGAAAGAGCGCGGAACAGGCACUGUUAAGCUGCUCAAGCACAAGGAGACCGCCAAGGUCCGCCUCGUGAUGCGUCAGGCGAAGACGCUUAAGAUCUGUGCUAACCAUCUCGUGGUGGCGACGACUAAGAUGCAGGAGCACGCGGGGAGCGACAAGUCGUGCGUGUGGCACGCGCUGGACUUCGCCGAAGGCGAGCUCAAGGAGGAGAUGUUCGCCAUCCGUUUUGGAUCUGUCGAGAAUUGCAAGAAGUUUAAGGAUAUUGUUGAAGAGAUAGCUGAACAGCAAGGAAACACUGAGGAGAAAGAAAAUGAGGAAGCCUCCACUGCCGCUGAUUUGGUAGAGAAGUUGACGGUGACAGAGGCCAGCAAGGAGGAAACUGUGGAGAAAGAGGAGGCUCCUGCAUCUGAUGAUAAGAAGGAUGCUAAAGAGUGAAGGCGUUUUUAUCCGCAAACCAGGGUCAAAUGAGUGUCCUUCCAUUCAUUUUGUUGUCAAGGUUCAUCUUCCCUUCACAAAUUUUCAUUGUGUUUUCUCUGGGAUGAAUGCUUGUGGUAGGUGAAAUCAGAGUCAUCAGUCAUCUACAUGGUUUUCUUGGUUGAUAGACUGUUAUUUUUUAAGUCGUCUGUUUAUCUGGGAUGGCUGGGGUCAGCAUGUCUGUACAAUUAUUUGGAGUUGCUUUUGGAAUGGACGCGGUUUGAUGAGUUUGCCUAAAGCUUGAAAUGGUGGUGUUGUCUUUUCACUCCACUUCUCUUA